CACUCUAUCACUACCAUGGUUGGCACUUGGACCGACAUAUUUUCAUAGCUUCAAUUAUUCAGAGCAGCAUCAUCAUCAUCAUCAAGGAAGGAUUUGCAGCCAUGGCUUCCCAGCUCUCCGCCGCCACCUCCAUGCCACAGCUCCAUGGCCUCCGGAGCUACUCCUCUCCAAGGUCCAUGGUGAUGCUGCCAUCGAUGAGGAUGAGCAAGAAGAGGUCCCAGGGCAUCCGGUGCGACUUCAUCGGCUCAGAGACCAACCUGAUCAUGGUGACGACGACGACGCUGAUGCUGUUCGCGGGGAGGUUCGGGCUGGCGCCGUCGGCGAACAGGAAGGCGACGGCGGGGCUGAAGCUGGAGGCGCGCGACUCCGGCCUGCAGACCGGCGACCCCGCCGGGUUCACGCUCGCCGACACGCUGGCCUGCGGCGUCGUCGGCCACAUCAUGGGCGUCGGCAUCGUCCUCGGCCUCAAGAACAUCGGCGUGCUCGACAAGAUCAUCGGCUAAAUCAUUUCAUUAAGCUAGGACGACACCAGUUAAUUAAUUACUAUAUCUGUAAUCUGAUGAUCAUGGUGCGUGUCUUUGUGCCAUCGGCGAUGUAAAUUUGUGCGUGGAAUCAAUGCAUAUCUAGCUUAAUCUUGUUGCUGUCAA